AUGUCAACCGACAACCGUAUCUGGAAACAACGAUUAGUGGAUAUUGCUAUUGUCACUGCACAACAAGCAAAGGAUUGGAGAUUCAGUGGUGUAAUGUUAAGAGGUUCUGAGGUAUGCUGGGAUUUGCGUAAAGCAGCACAUUACGAUGUUCAUGACCAAUUAGAUCCUGACAUACCAGUAGGUACCAGAGGAGAUUGUUAUGAUCGUUACUAUAUAUGUAUUGAAGAGAUGCAACAAAGUGUUAGCAUCAUUGUGCAAUGUCUUAAUCAAAUGCCUAGUGGCAUAAUCAAAGCCGAUGAUCGUACCUGCCUGUAG